GUGGAUGGUAGCAACCUUAAUUCUAAGUUCAGCUUACCAAGGUGUUCUUACCUCUCUUCUGGCAAUACCGAAGGUUGAAAUUCCUGUAGAUUCUCCGCAGGAUUUGGUUGACUAUGGCAAGAUCCCUUGGGCUACCGAACGUGGAACCUCUCUUCAUCAGUUUAUUGGGGACACUAAAUCAGGCAUUUACAAGGUGGUAAACGACAAAGGCUUCCUUAUCACAGCUUCUUACGACGGACGCCACCGGAUGAAUGUUGAGAAGUUCGCCAUAUUGUGUGAUUUCUUCUCCAUGAGGAAGAUCAUGAGCGACGACUACAGUGAAACCGGCCAGUGCAACUAUUACAUUGCAAAGGAGCCCAUCUUGGUAUCAAGUGUUGCCUUUGCUUUCCCUAAGAAAAGUUCGAUCAUACCACACUUUAACAGACUAGUUACGAUGCUGAAGGAGGGCGGUAUAAUAAGCAGAUACAUUCAGGAUUUCACGGCAAAUGCUACGGUGUGCAUGGUGAGGCCCGGGAAGGAGGACGGAGUUUCUACACUGGUGCUCUCGCUGGCUGAUUUUGGCGGCUUCUUCCUGCUCUGUCGGGGGGGGUAUGAAGAUAAUGCGGCAUGGAAUGUACAGUAUGAUAGAAUCACGAUCUUCAUCCAUAUAAUCAUCCAUACCACCAUCUUCCUGGGCAUCACAACUGUUGUCAUCUGGCUUUGUUUCGACCUGAAUCUCUGGAAUGAGUGCAAGGGGCAUCUGUUCUUCAUUGAACCAAAUGAUGCGAAAUUCGCCGUCAACAUUUUCCCACCCAUUGGUGGGAACUAG